AUGAUCGAACUACGCCGCAGCAGCGCCACCAAAGCCGCCGCAAUAACGGCGGCGCCGCUACUCUGCCGACUCACGGACUUCUUUGUGAGCCGAUUCCACUCCAACUCCGCCACAGCAGCUCAGCCACAACCCGACUCCGACUCCGACGACGAUUACUACUCCUCCUCCGACUCCAACUACUACUACUACAACAACCGCAAGCCGCCGCGUCGUUACGGUCCAAAUCCAAUGUCGUCGGACUCGGAGGCCUUUGCACGUGUUCGCUCAAAGGAUCUCGAAGCUUCUAGAAGUCCCUCGCAUUUCCAUUUCUACCCUCGUCUGUCAAGACCUCAACCCUCGCUCUUCUCUCUACAACAGAUUGCAAAUGCUGUCAAUGGCGGAGCCAUAGUACCGGAGGAUAUACUAUUUCGGCUGUUGUCAAAGAGGUUGGAAGAUGGGUAUUCCCAAGGUGAAAGUGGGUUUAUACUGGAUGGAAUUCCUCGUUCAAGAAUCCAGGCUGAGAUCCUUGACCGACUUGGCAAGAUUGAUCUGGUUGUGAAUUUCAAAUCCAUGGAGGAUAGCUUCAUGAAGCACCAUGGAGAGGGUACCUCAAGGGAAAGAAUCGAACGGUAUGCAAAGCAGAGCAAGGCACUGGAAGAUUAUUACAGGAAACAGCAAAAGCUUCUUGAGUUUCAAGUUGACAGUUCACCUGGGGCGAAUUGGCCUAGGCUUUUGGCUGCUUUACAUCUGAAACAUAUAGUUGCUGCCCGCACUUCACAUAAACUCAAUACAGGGAUCGAUCGGCGUUAGCUUAAUACUAAUAUUCUGUCCAUGUUUGAAGUGCUUACUGUAAAUAAGUAAUGUGAAUCACAUGAUAGGCCUAGAGUUGCAGUUCUGACAACUAACUUGUAAUACAGUUUUUGCAAUCCAGGAAACAACCUUACUGAGCUUCUUCCAACGACUUCUUUGUUUUUCUUUCCUUACUUUGUAAAAUGUAAGAUUUUUGGUAAGUAAGCUCAAUACAAAUGAAAAGAUGUUAGGAUUUUGACAUAAGAAAAAUUGUAGGUUGGAGAAUGAAUGAAUAGAAAUGCAGUUAAAAGGCGCAAAUUA